UUGUGUUGUAUUUGAAUACGCAGCGUAACAGUAUCAAAAGGAAAUUAUUUAAAAAAUGUACGCGUAGUCGCUUAUCGCUCAUUUGUACCGCAUACGUUCAGUGUUAUGGUUUGCAUCAACCCUCUGCGACGAUCGCACCCCGCGCCCCGCUUCGCCCGCUCUCCAGCACCGAGUGGUGCGGUCGCGGAGUGACGCGGAGACCGCCGCGCGGCUGACAUCUCGCCAACCACCGUAUUAGCCAAUAGGAGUAUAGGACUGGGAAGAAGUUUCAACCCACAGCAAUGGACACCGAAGAGUUUCGCAUCCGGGGGAAGGAGAUGGUGGACUACAUCUGUACUUAUAUGAAGACAUUGAAUAAGCGACGGGUGACACCUUCGGUGGAACCGGGUUACCUUAGGACAGCGCUGCCGGAGGACCCGCCGCUGCAGCCGGAGCCGUGGGAAGACGUGAUGAAUGACGUGGAGAACAAGAUCAUGCCAGGGGUCACGCACUGGCAGCACCCACGUUUCCACGCGUACUUCCCGUCGGGCAACGGGUAUCCCUCCAUCCUAGGCGACAUGCUGUCAGGAGGCAUAGGAUGCAUCGGAUUCUCAUGGGCAGCAAGUCCUGCUUGUACAGAAUUGGAAAUUAUCAUGUUAAAUUGGAUGGGUAAAGCUAUAGGAUUACCAUCGGGUUUUUUUGCAUUAGAAGAGGGUAGUAAAGGUGGCGGGGUAAUAGAGGGGUCAGCGAGCGAGUGCGUCCUCGUUUCCAUGUUGGCAGCGCGCGCAAAUGGCAUCAAACGACUCAAGCAAAUAUUCCCCACGGAAAAUGAAGGUGUCCUACUCUCAAAGCUUAUUGCAUACUGCUCCAAAGAAGCUCACUCUUGCGUUGAAAAAGCCGCAAUGAUAUGUUUUGUCAGAAUCCGCAUUUUACAAACCGACAUGAACAGCUCGCUUCGAGGUGAAACCUUACGAGAGGCGAUGGAAGAAGAUGAGAGGGCAGGUCGAGUGCCCUUCUUCGUCGCAACAACGUUAGGCACUACGUCUUGCUGCUCCUAUGACAACCUCCCUGAGAUCGGACCCGUGGUGCGAAAUUUCCCCUGCGUCUGGCUCCAUGUGGACGCCGCAUACGCCGGCAGUUCUUUCCUCUGCCCUGAACACAAACAUCGACUCGCCGGUGUUGAAUAUGCCGACUCUUUCAAUACAAACACAAAUAAAAUGAUGCUUACCGCGUUCGACUGCUCAUUGUUGUGGGUCAAGAAUCGCUACCUGUUAACUUCGGCGCUCGUAGUCGACCCGCUCUAUCUACAGCACUGCUAUGACCACACGGCCAUAGACUACCGACACUGGGGUGUGUCGCUUAGUCGUCGAUUCCGAUCUCUCAAACUGUGGUUUAUGUUGAGGAGUUACGGCAUCAGUGGCCUACAGAAAUAUAUACGUCGGCAUUGUGAGCUUGCGAAAUACUUUGAAAAACUUGUAAAAAAAGACGAUCGCUUCGAAGUGUGCAAUGAAGUUACGCUGGGACUGGUCUGCUUCCGCCUGGUUGGAGGGCCGGACGAAAAACCAGAGCAAGUAGAUGACUUAAACAAGAAGUUGCUAACAAACAUCAACGCGUCGGGAAAACUCCAUAUGGUCCCAGCGAAUGUAAUGGACCGAUUUGUUAUUCGUUUCUGUGUUGUACAACAGCAUGCUACUCGCGAAGAUAUCGAAAUAGCCUGGGAAAUUAUCACGGACUUCGCCGCUGAACUUAUAGAGGGACCAGACAAGGAAAGAGAGCUGAACAUACAAAAGCGUCUCAAGGACCGUACUCUGGCGCACAAGCGUUCGUUCUUCGUGCGCAUGGUGAGCGACCCUAAGAUCUACAACCCUGCUAUUAACACGCCGCCCCCCGCGUCUGCAACCCCAGCGCCUACUACUCCCGCAUCGCCACCGGCUGCUAUAGCUCCUGUCGCUCUAGAAUCACCUACCGAUUCCGAAAUAACCCGUCAAAAUUCUUGGAUCAGCUGGCCUCUUGCGUUCUUCUUCCAGAGUGUGGAUCACGACCCCAACGACUUGCCUCUAAGAUUCCGUCACCUGGACACUACGGUCAGGCUGAAGAGCCCCGCUGGACCUUCCCGCCGCGGUUCCUCGCCGAGCGCCAGCAUCGAGCGCCGUGCACCUUCCCCCUCAAGCCAUUGAAAAGCGUAGCUAACUCAUUAUCCAGGACCGUAUUUAUUACCUCUAAAAGUAUUACCUAAAUAAAAUUUCCUUGAGCAUU